GCAGAGCAGCUUUUGACGUGCAUCUUUGCACGUUCUGUUUUUUUUCGGGUUAUAUGCUUCGGGAGAUCACGGGCAGAAAGACAGGGAAACAGGGAGAGGAGAGAGCUGAACCGACGGUGGGGAAACAGAAGGGUAAAGCAAGGGGGGUGCGGGGAAGAAGAGGCAUUAUUAGAGAACAACAUCAGAUUUCUGAUCGACCCACCGCAGCGAGGAAACAUUCAGUAAAUAAGAGCUGAAAUAUAUUGUGUGUUGGGGAGGGGGGUGGGGGGUGUGGAAUUAGAGAAGAAAAAAAGACUGAAAAUGUCCGUUUCCAAUGUAGAAGACGAAAGCUUGCACAGUUCAUGGGUAGAGCUGGACUACAGCCAACACAGCAGCCCCAGGGCCUUGGAACACAUCCCCUCGUCGAGCUCCAUCCACAAUGGCGACAUGGAGAAGAUCCUGCUGGAUGCACAGAAUGAAUCGGAAAAGAACAGUUUGCGGGGAAGCUCCCACUGUGACAGCCCCCCUUUACUGAUGAGCCCCCAGACAUCUCAUGUUCCUGCCGAGUUUGAGACUGGAAGCAUCGGAGAUACCAACAGUACUCAGUCUGAUGAUGAGAACCAGGAGAGAAGUGGAGAGAUUGAGCAAUUGUUGAGGAGCAACGCGGAGUGGAUCUGGUACUGGUCCAGUCGACCUGAAAAUGUACCUCCAAAGGAAUUUGUGUUCAAACAUCCAAAAUAUUGUUCGAGCUUGAGUGUACGGAAGACAGGCGUGAUGAAGAAAGGAGGGAUCUUCAGUUCCGAGUUUGUAGUGUUCCUCAUCCCAUCUCUCCUGAUCACUCACCUGCUAGUGCUGGGAGUCGGAAUAUAUAUCGGCAAGCGAUUGGCUGCAUCACCAGCGAGCACCUUGUAAGUACCCUCCAAGAAGAUCAGUCCGUACCUGACCAAUGGCAGAGGUUUGACACCGAACUCCUCAGUCAUCCCCUCGGUUCGACGGACAUCUGCAGCAGGCCCCGAUACAGUGAUUCGAAGUGUUUUCGCAGUUACUUUACACCCCAUCUCGACCCACCCUGACUCCUUGUUUGAAUGUUUGCUUUGCUCCCCCACCCCAACCUGUAAUUAUCCUCAUUGCGUUAUCUCCGGCAGCACGGGUAGUUGGCUGCUGCUGUACCUGGGCUCUCGCGGGUGCAGGUGGAAUCUCUCUUAGUAACACACGUCUUGCACUCGGAACCUCUGCCGCAGGCUGUGUGUGUGUGUGUGUGUGGCCCAUGUGUGUGAGUGUGUAGGUGUGUGCACUCGGGUCAACUCACAGCCACGCGUAUGCACGUCCCUCCUGUAUUCAAGUCCUGGAAAACAUGUUUCCCCAGACCCUGAGUCAUUUUAUCGGAGGGUUUAAAAAAAAUGUCACUUGGCCUCCCUCCACAUUAACACCGAUGCAUCUUGACAGUGAUUUUGUCUGCCUGGUGUUGCCAAAAAGGAAACCCCAGCUUCACUUUGACCAGCGCCCAUCAAUCCAGACUUGUUGGGAAAUCUGCGAUGCUGUCCUGGUAAUGGCAAGGAAAGCAAGUUAAUUAUUAUGCAUUCUUUUUUUAAAAAAAACCCAAAAAUUGGCGGGAAACCAGUUCAAGAAGGGCAGUUAGGGAAGAGCCUUGAACACAGUGUUGAUCUUGUCAGCAUCCUGCAAGUGAAUACAAGCAAGAUAUGUAAAUCAGCGAGUUCAGGUUGAGCCACUUGAACGUGAACCCUAGAAAAAUGAUCAUGGUACACAGGCUGAGGAGAAUAGUGGAGGGUUGGGGGUCAACAGUGCUCCUGCGGACCAUUGUUGCAGAAGAUAGAUUUUUCGCUGCAUCUCCCUGUUGUAGAACGGGGGGAUUGACUGAAAAUGGAACGGUUUGCAUAACCAGUCGCUGAUGCUGUGCAACUCUCUUAGCACCAAGGUGAGAGUUGUUUGGCGCACAAAAGUCAGAUGAUAUACAUCCACACACUGCUGACUGAUUGGUGAGUGAACCCAGAAUGACCUGAACCCGAACAUGAAUUAAACCUUAAGAUGCAUGUCUCCAUGAAGUCGAUUCUGGGUAGCUCCGAUGCAGGACUGUGCUAGUUCUGAUGCAGCUGUGAAAUCUGUCACGUUCUGUCAUUCCAUUUAGAACCCAGUAGGGUCAGUUGCCUCCCUCCCUUACUCUGCUCAAGGCAGUACCUCGUGGGCACCGUAACAAGUGGAUGAAUAGAUCAGACACUGUGUUUUCAGUUUGGGACUGAAGUAACUCCCAGCUCCCACAGAAGGCACUUUCAGGAAAUGAAUUUGAGCAGGUGGAGCUUUCAACUCUCAGCCCACCCUUCCCCUGUUUAAGGAAGAACAUUUGAUCCACUCAGGGACUACAUUUUCCCCUUAUCCCUUCACAGCAAAGGGUCUGCUGCUUUAGUGACAGUGCUUCUAGCUUAGAAAACAGACUGCAGCUGAUUGAAAAGAAAUACAAAUUUGGGCACCUUAAAGCUACGCUUGAAGCGUUGUACUAAUGUGGGAAACCGAUUGCACACAGCAAGAUCCCACAAGCAGUGAUCAGAUAACAGUCAGGAUGUGCUUUGUAGUGAUUUUGGUUAAGGGAUUAAUAUUGACCUGGAUGCUAUACUCCCUACUCUUCGAAAUGAUACCACAAAACCAAACGCCUCUCAAAUAGCACCUCUGACAGUGUGGCACUCCAUCAUUACGGCACUAGAUCUUACACUCAAGUCUCUGGCGUGGGUCUUGAACUCACCACCUUCUGAGUCAGGUGCGCUGUCACUGACUGAACCACAGCUAAAAGGGCGUCUAAUCAGCAACCUUAGCCCCCUGCCUCUGUCACCACAACCCAGGGCCCAAACAGAUUUCACUGGGUUUUGUAGGAUGAUAGCUGUGUCGUAUUUCCUGCACACCUGAUAUAAGGAGUCGAUUAGCACAGUUGACUGGAUAACUAGUUUGCAAUGCACAAGAAUGCCAAUGGUGUGCAUUUGAGUCCUGUGCUAACUGAGAUGCCUAGCGAGAGAACAACCGCAUUUUCCUUUGCGAUUAUAGCAAUUGCAACUAUACCUGGCUGUUGCUGGGUAGCGUUUCGUGUGUUCCUACUGGCUUCCAGGUAAUGCCGACUCCUGACCUCCAUGACAAAGAUGGUCAAACUCAACAGCAAGCAGCCAUUGAAUUUUCACCCCAUAACUAUUCUGAAAUGAACAAUAGUCAUUGAAUGGACAUUGAGUGCAAACCGAUUUUUAUUUUGCACCAGUUAAGCAAAUAUAAUGAUAUCAUCAUUAUAAUAUUCUAGUGUACCUGGCAUCUGAAACUGAUGAUGUCCAUCACAGUGAGUAUUUAGAUGAUGGUGAGGUGAGGGUUAUUUUAGUUCCGAAUUCUCCUAAGAAUACCUUUUUAAAAUGCCAGCAUGACUUUUACCUCCAGUACUGUAGCCAGGAGUCACUUUUUAUUUGAGGCUUUUUAAUGUUGCUCUUAAAUUGACGUUUUACUAAGUUUGCAGCUGCAAAUGUGUUG